UUGGCAUUUUUUCUACACUGACUGGCAACAGUUUUCAAGGAGAGGGCUCUCUUAGCCAUACAUGGAGUUGCCAGGGAUUGAAUUUAGAACUUGUUGCAGGCAGUGCAGGUGAUAUACCUCCAAGCCUUCCCUGCUCUGAAAGACAGCUAGAGGAUGCGGAACAAUUGAUUUUAAAAAAGUGUUUAAUCAAGUUAACGGUGUGAUCCUAUUCUUGUCUUAUUAGAGAUUUGAGUUCAAUGGGACUUAAUAAUCCAAGUAAGGAAAUACACCAAGACUGCAUUCCUAAAUAAAAUGUAGGAAGUACUAAGCCCCCAUUUUACUUUUGGCUUAACAAAGUCAACCAGUAUUGGAAAGCGUGGAUUCUGGUGAGCUUUUACCAGUUCACAUCUUAGCCUUGUAUUUACAUCCAAUAUCCACUAAACUGGAAACAAUGACCUUUUUCUGGCCGUAGUAACUGAAGUAUGUUUUCUACCCGAGAUCAAAUAAUUUGACUCCAUUGACAUUAAUAGCAUAAACACGCAGGGAUAUUUUCCUGCAUGCAUACGGAGCAUGCUUUUUAAACUGCACGAGCUCCUUUUAGCUGCCUAAUGGUGGGGGGGAGCUCACAAUGUUUCUCCACUCUGUUUGUCAAACGCCUUCCUUAUCUUUCUGCGUCAAAGACAGUUUCAGGAACUGAUUGAACAAGGCUGCACUGCCCGCCCCAGGUGUUUUCCCCCUCCUCCUCAAGCCAACGAGUUCACUGUGCCUGAAGCCUUCAUGCAUCUUCAGACACACCUCUGCCAGGUGAAAAAGAAAAACCUAUAUUCACACAGGGAAAAGAACUCGGAAGCUACAGUGAUGCUGACAAUCUCUCUCAAUGGCAAACAUUGCCCAGAAGUUUGAAAGGAACCAUCUGACCAGAGCCGAGCCAAUGGAGUCUAGACACUGGAUCAUCACUUCUUGCUGCUGUUACUUCUACCAGUUUCUCAAUGGUAGUAUGUUUCCUCCUAGCCUGAUGUCGCCUCUUGUGGAUUGAUUGUAAGUUGCGUAUGCAACGCAUAUGUUAAACCCAGUAGUUUCCACUGCUGCUUCCCAAAGAAGAUGCCGGAUACCUUGUGUACAGUGCUACAUGCCUUCUUAAGCGUCUUCAUCCCAUCAUCCAACCUCUUGGUGAUCAUAGUCAUCUGUCAGCUGAGAAAGAAGAAACCAAGCAGAAACUAUGUCUUCAUCCUUAACUUGGCAGCUGCUGAUCUGCUGGUUGGUGUGAUGUGCAUUGGGGAAGCUUUGGAUGAUGCGACAGAUGCACUAUUUGACCGAAAUCUGUUUAUUUGUCUCUUGCGGAUCUGCAUGAGCAUCACUCCUUGCAUUGGGUCCAUUCUCACCUUGCUUUUGGUUUCUCUGGACAGGUACUUGGCAGUGAAGCUGCCUCUUCAUUACCCUACACUGAUGAGCAAGAAACCUAUAGUCUUCUCUCUUCUUGUCCUGUGGACGGUUUCCUUCUUGGUGGGACACAUGCCACUUAUUUUCUCACAACUUCAACAAAGUGAACUCUCAGGUAGCUGUGGGGUCCUGGCAGCAGCCAAGAGUGACUACCUGUACAUAAUCUGCUUUGGCAUCUAUAUCCCUGCCUUGCUGACCUUGGUCUGUUUACAUAUCUCGGUGGGGAGGAUUGCUUAUCUUCAUCAGAAGCAGAUCCAGCGUGUCUGCUUGCACCCAGAUACCCCUACUGCUCCUCUCCGCCAUUUCAAAGCUCUGAGGACAGUCCUCAUUGUGAUUAUCUGUUUUGUCCUCUUCUGGAGCCCCUAUUAUGCAGCUGCCAUUGUGAAAGCUACUUGUACCUCCUGCAUCCUGAGCUCACAGCUGAAGGAUUUGUUAUAUAUUUUAGGAGAAGCCAAUUCUUUGAUAAAUCCUUUUAUCUAUUCGCUAUACAGCAAGGAUAUAAGAACCCAGUUGGUCAAAAUGUUGAAGUGUAAGGGAAAGGGACAAAUCAAACCCCACAGGUCUAACAGGUUGGCAGUGACCCAUUUCAACAUCAUAAACCAAAGUGACUUACCCUGCGGAGGAGCCACAAGACAAAAUUCAUCUGGGGAUCAACCACCUGAAUCUCCUCCCUUCAACAGUUUCAGAGGAGUACUCACCAUUUCCUGAUUCAAGGCCCAAGAGAGGAAACCCACCAUAAAGCAGGUGGAAAGCUUAUUGUGCACUGAUCAUCAGUAAAAAAAGGUAAUGCAGAAAAAGUCCAAAUGCGCACCCAAG